ACAAACGGAUGCCUAAACGUUUGCUUGGCAGCUCUGUGAAGCGCUAUGGUGACUGCUGCAAAGGUUCAGCAGGCUCAAGCUAGCAAGGAUGCUCAAGCAGCAAUGGCAGCCUCAACAUCAGCAGGAGCCCCCUCAGGCCCAUCUCACGAGGCAACUUAUGUGAGUGGUGGCUCUACUUCCAGCCGGCAAGCAUUUCGAAUGCGCAUGGAGUACGAAUCAUCUCAAGCAAGCAGCGAGGAGGCCGAGGUGCCCAUGAGCUUCGGAGAGCAGCUGGUCUUGGAGACCUACCUCCGCUUUCGUGGACGCCGAUAUGAUCGACAGCGCCAGGAGGAGCUCUCACAACCGCGUCGAAUCAAGCCUCCUGCAGAUCACUGGACAGGAGGACGGGGACGCAAGGUUCUUGAGAAGGAGCAGUUGGAUGACAUGCUCAAGAGGCUUGCGGAGCCCAAGAGGGGCAAGGCCACGGACUCCGGAGAGCUCAUCGCACUGCACUCGUCCAAGCAAGAGAUAGUGAAGCAACGAGUUCAGGCCAAGGACGUCGAAGCGACCUUUGCGCGUUUGUCCGCGCCAAAGACCAGGAAGGGGUAUGACCCGUCACCUGGAGAGAAGGUCUGCUUGAUGUACAACCAAGCGAGUGGAAGGAACGUGAACCUGGAGCGCCUGGCCGACAUGGCCAAGCCCAAGAAGCGCGGCGGCGCGCCGGACUCCUGGGCCGUUACGGCCAUGGCGCAGAAGGCGCCAGCGGCGCUUGAAACGGCGCCAGCCGCGGAACCUGACGCUGUUGCUGGGACCAACUUGGAGACCAGCAUCGAGAAUCCUCCUCUGGUUCCAGGAAAUGGAGCAUCUUCCUCAAGCGGUGGCGAGCAAGGUCCAGCCAGCGCCUCCGACGAUGUUUUGCUUGUCGCGCGCAAAUUGAGCCGAGACUGAAAGAAGGUAUCCCUGUAUAUCACAGAUUGUAUUUUUCAAAGGGGCAAAUUUAUUGGCAUAUUUAAUUGUUUGUUUU